GACGUCAUAAAGAAUGCGACUGUUCCCAUAGCAAAAUGGUGUGGACAAGCGAAGUCAGCCAUGAAGUCAGCCUCCCCUAUCGCAGCGACCGAUGCCCGAGCUUGCUGUUUGCUCUCCAAAUUGUUGACUUUGCAAGAUGUUAGCCCGAAGCUUGUCCUCCAAAGCAACUAAGUACAGAAAAAAUAUAUAUUUAUAUCGACGCUAUUUCGGUUUGCGAUAGCUUACGCCUGACGUCUAAACAUGCAGCUGAAACAUCUCAAGACGCUUUUAACACCUCAGGAGGCCUCGGCCAAAGUGACUUGCAUGGCCUGGGCCCCGAAUAACAGCAAACUUGCUGUUUGCACUGUGGAUCGAGUGGUGCUGCUUUACGAUGAGCAGGGUGAGAGGAGGGAUAAGUUCUCUACUAAGCCCAUCGACUCCAAGUACGGGAAGCAGAGCUACGUGGUCAACGAUUUGGCGUUCUCACCCGACUCCACCAGGAUCGCCAUAGGCCAGUCGGACAACAUAAUUUAUGUGUACAGGAUCGGAGAGGACUGGGGGGACAAGAAAACCAUUUGCAACAAAUUUAUCCAGACAAGUUCUGUGACAUGCCUGCUCUGGCCUGCAGAGCAUGCUAUCGUUUAUGGUUUAAUGGAUGGAAAGGUUCGCCUCGCCAACGUUCAGACAAACAAGUCGUCGCCCAUCUAUGGCACAGAGUCCUGUGUGGUCUCGUUGGCGUCCAAUGUUUCUGGGAAAGGCAUCUUGUGUGGCCACGCAAACGGGAAUGUUGUUCGCUACUUCUUUGACGACGAAGGCUCAGGUGAAUCUCAGGGGAAGCUUUUGACGCAUGUGUGCCCGCCGUACGCCCUCGCCUGGGGCGCCAACAGCGUGGUGGUGGGAGGCUGCGACAAGAAAGUGGUGGCCUACAGCCGCGACGGUCAAAUCCUUCAGACCUUCGACUACAGCCGCGACCGCAGCGAGAGAGAGUUCACCGUAGCCGCCAGCAGUCCCAGCGGCCAGUCGGUGGUACUGGGCAGCUUCGACAGGCUUCGGGUGUUCAACUGGGCACCUCGGAGGGGCGUGUGGGACGAGGCCAAGUCGAAAGAGAUCGCCAACCUCUACACCAUCACCAGCUUGGCCUGGAAGAGGGACGGAUCUCGGCUUUGUGCUGGGACGCUUUGUGGGGGGGUGGAGCUCUUCGACUGUUGCCUGAGGAGGAGCAUCUACAAGAACAAGUUUGAAGUCACCUACGUGGGCCUGAGCCAGGUAAUCGUGAGGAACCUGUCGACGAGCUCGCAGGUGGUCCUCAAGUCGUAUUACGGCUAUGAGAUAGAGGAAGUCAAGAUCAUGGGCAAGGACCGCUACCUGGUGGCCCACACGUCCGACACCCUCCUGCUGGGUGACAUGCUGGCCAACAAGCUCAGCGAGGUGCCGUGGCCCGGCGGUGGGGGAAACGAGAAGUUCUUUUUUGAAAAUGACUCGGUGUGCAUGAUUUUCAAUGCCGGCGAGCUGAGCCUGGUGGAGUACGGUGACAACCAGGUGCUGAGUUCCGUCAGAACUGAAUUUAUGAGCCCUCACCUCAUCAGCGUGCGCAUCAACGAGAGGAAGCACAAAGGAGCCCAAGACAACAAAAAGCUUGCCUACCUCGUUGACCUGAAGACCAUCGCUGUUGUGGACCUGCAGGCCGGCUGCACUCUGGGAACCAUCAGCCACGACUCCAAGGUCGACUGGCUGGAGCUGAACGAGACGGGCUGCAAGCUGCUUUUCCGCGACAAGAAGCUGCGGCUUCAUCUCUAUGACAUUGACAGCGGCAUCAAAAGCACGCUGCUCAGCUUCUGCUCCUACGUCCAGUGGGUGCCCGGCAGUGACGUGGUGGUGGCCCAGAACCGCGGAAACCUGUGCAUCUGGUACAGCAUCGACAGCCCCGAGAGCAUCACCAUGUUCCCCAUCAAGGGUGACAUCAAAGAUCUGGAAAGAGCGGAUGGCAAGACGGACGUGUUGGUGACCGAAGGCGUCAACACGGUGACGUACACCCUCGAUGAGAGCCUCAUCGAGUUUGGCACGGCGGUCAACUACGGCGACUAUGGAGCUGUCACGGCCUUCCUCGAGACUCUGGAGAUGUCACCUGAGACCGAGGCCAUGUGGAAAACACUCCGCAAUCUGGCUCUCGAAGCCCGUCAAGUGCACAUUGCGGAAAGGUGUUUCGCCGCCUUGGGUGACGUCUCCACUCUUCGCUACCUCCACCAAACAAACCAGAUAGCCGAGAAGGUUUCAAGGGAAAUGGGCGGUGAUGGCAUGAUGUUCUACCAAGUUCAAGUGCGCAUGGCCAUGCUGGACAAGAACAUCGAGUUGGCCGAGAUGCACUACGUGGAGCAGAACGCCAUCGAUGAAGCCAUCGAGAUGUACCAGGAGCUCCACAUGUGGGACAAAUGCAUCGCCGUGGCCGAGGCCAAGGGCCACCCGGAACUGGAGACGCUCCGUGGGAACUACUACCAGUGGCUGACCGACACGGGCCAGCACGAGAAGGCCGGCGAGGUGAAGGAGGGCGAGGGAGACGACCAGGGUGCCAUCAACUUGUACCUGAAGGCGGGGCUGCCGGCGAAAGCCGCCCGCCUGGCCAUGAGCCGGCCCAAUAUCACCAACAACGGCGACUCCGUCAGCCGCAUCACCGCCAGCCUUGUCAAGGCCGAGUACUACGAGCAGGCUGGCGACUUGUACGAGAAGACGCGCAACCCCCAGAGAGCUUUGGAGUGCUAUUGCAAAGGAGCCGCUUUCAGUAAAGCCGUGGAGCUGGCUCGCCACUCCUUUCCCGCCGAGGUGGUGAAACUCGAGGAGGCCUGGGGGGACUACCUGGUCCAACAGAAACAGAUGGACGCCGCCAUCACACACUUCAUCGAGGCCGGCUGCUCCAUCAAGGCGGUGGAGGCGGCCAUCGCAGCUCGCCAGUGGAAGAAAGCCGUCCACAUCCUGGAGCUUAACGAGGACCCGGCGGCCGCCGUCUACUGCCUAAAGAUCGCUCAGCACUACGCCUCCAUGCAGGAGAUGGAGGUGGCCGAGCAGCUGUUUAUCAAAGCGGGCCACAUUAAGGACGCCAUUGACAUGUACACGGCUGCGGGGUGCUGGGAGCAAGCGCACAAGUUGGCGCUGAAAUGCAUGAGCAAGGAGGAAGUCAACGAGCUUUACGUGAAGCGGGCUCAGGAGAUGGAGCGAGACGGCAAAUUUAAGGAGGCUGAGAGAUUGUUUUCCACAGUGAACCAGACGGACCUGGCCAUCACUAUGUACAAGAAGAAGCAGAUGUUCGACGACGUGGUCCGCCUGGUGGCCAAACAUCAUCCCGACCUGCUGACCGAGACGCACCUCCACCUGGCUAAGGAGUUGGAAGCUGAGGCCAAGUUCUCAGAAGCGGAACAUCACCUGAUGGAGGCUAAAGACUGGAAAGCUGCCGUCAACAUGUACCGACUUCAUGACAUGUGGGAGGAUGCGUACAGGAUUGCAAAAAGCCACGGCGGCCCCAACGCUCAGAAGCAGGUGGGCUACCUGUGGGCCCGGAGUCUGGGGGGAGAGGCGGCAGUCAAGCUGCUCAUCAAGUUUGGCCUACUGGAAUACGGCAUCGAGUCGGCGUCAAACAGCUUCUUAUUCGACUUUGCCUUCGAACUGGCUCGUCUUUCCAGCAAGGAGAAGAUACCCGAGAUCCACCUAAAGCACGCCAUGUACCUGGAAGAUGAGCGCAAGUUUUCAGAGGCCGAGCAGGAGUUCAUUAAAGCGGGAAAGCCCAAAGAAGCUGUGCACAUGUACGCGCACAACAAAGAUUGGAUCAACGCGCAGCGCGUGGCCGAGAGCCAUGAUCCAGAGAGCAUCCCGGAGGUUCUUGUGGGACACGCCAAGUUGUGUUUUGAACAGAAAGACUACCAGAAGGCCGAAGCCCUCCUGCUCCGAGCCGAGAGAUCCGACCUGGCUGUCAAAUACUAUAAGGACGCGGACAUGUGGAGCGACGCCAUGCGCAUCUGCAAGGAGUACUUGCCCAACAAGCUCUCCUUUCUUCAGGAGGAGUACGAGAAAGAGGCCACCAAGAAGGGAAUGAGAGGUGUUCAGGGUCUACUGGAACAGGCUCGGGAGUGGGAGCAGUCGGGCGAAUAUUCCCGGGCGGUGGAAUGUUACCUGAAGAUGAAGGACGACCCCAACGCCGCACUGAUGGAGAAGUGCUGGAUCAAGGCCGCCGAGCUGUCAAUCAAGUUCCUGGGUGAGGAACGAGCCGUGAAGGUGGUUCAGGUGGUUGGACCUCGCCUGGCCCAGCUCCGGAAGUACAACACUGCCGCCGAGCAGUACUUACACGUGGGCCAGAUCAAGGACGCCAUCGAUGUCCUCAUGGAGGGCGAGGAGUGGAGCAAAGCCAAGAGGGUGGCCAAGGAGCUGGAGCCCAGGUACGAGAGCUACGUGGACCAAAAAUACAAGGAACACCUAAAGAACCAGGGCAAAGUUGACUCCCUGGUGGGCAUCGACGUCAUGGCUGCUCUGGACAUGUACGCCGAGAGAGGCCAGUGGGACAAAUGUCUGGACACGGCAUCCAAGCAGAACUUUAAGAUCCUUCACAAGUACGUGGCCUUGUACGCCACGCAUCUCAUCAAGGAGGGCUGCGCUCCCAAGGCGCUGCAGCUCUACGUGCAACACGGAGCGCCGCCUAACCCGCAGAACUUCAACAUCUACAAGCGGCUGUUCCUCGAUAUGCUCCACCUCCCCGAGGCUCCGGAUUCGUACCGCACGUGGGCCGACCUCCGCGACGUUCUGCUGCAGCUGUGUGAGAACUUGUCCAAGUCGGCAGGUGAGAGCUCUGCGGCCCACGAGGACUUUGAGCGGAUGCUGCUGAUCUCGCACUACUACGCCACCAGAGCCGCUGUCGCUGGGUUAGAGGAGCUGACGAGCAUCUCGGCCAAACUAUCCGUGUCCCUGCUACGUCACACCGACAUGGUCCCUGCAGACCGAGCUUUCUACGAGGCCGGCCUGGCCUGCAGGGCGGCCGGCUGGGAAAACAUGGCCUUCAUCUUUCUCAACCACUUCCUGGACGUGUGUGACGCCAUCACCGAUGGGACGCUGGACUCCCUUGAUCACUCGGAUUUCACCGACACCGACAUCCCCUUUGAAGUUCCCCUUCCCCCCAAGCCUUGUGUUCCUGACCCGCAGCGGGAGGAGAUCCGCAACUGGGUCCUGACGGUGGCCGUGUACGGUCGCCUGGAGCAGGUCCUGCCGCGAGACGAGAGGAACUCGUACGAAGCAUCGCUGGUGGACUCCAACAGCGGCCUUCGCUCGCCGCCUUGCGUUCUCACCGGCUAUCCCGUUUUAAGAAACAAAAUGGAGUUCUCGUCGGCGGGAAAAGCUGCCAACAAAGAAGACUGGAAUCGAUUCCUCAUGACCACCAAGACGAGUCAUAGUCCGGAGUGUCAGGACGUCCUCAAGUUCAUCAGCCAAUGGUGCGGCGGCCUGCCUGCAGCCGGAUUCUCCUUCCACUGACAACCGCGGAAGGUUCUCAAGAUUUCUACUUGCAGUUUUUUUUUAUUGCAAGGCUCAGAAUGCAGUUUUUGUUGUUGUUGUUUGACGAACUUCCAUUGUAUUUUUUUUUCUUCACAGGAUUCUUAGCCUGGAAUAGCAGCGACCUCAUUUCAUUCCCGGUAAUUCUAAAAUAGGGCUUCAGCUCCAAAACAAGAGUUAUUUAUUCUUAAUAUUACUCGCGAUUCUUUUUUGUAGGUUGCGUUUUUUUGGGGGGAUCAAGUUUCCAAUAUAAAUGAUCUCCGAUCUAUUUUGUUUGCUCCAGAGUCCGCGAGUCUGUUCACUUUUGAAAUGACCCGAAUGUAGUCGUGGUUCAAUGAAACUUUCAUCUUGACGCUGCUCUUGUGACGAUCGUCGAUUUUUUUUUUUUUCCUUGUGUGUGCGUUCAUAACGCAAUGGCGACUGCUUGAAUGUUAAAUCCUCAAGGGAAUAACUCUGACAUGAUGUUUUUAACCUUGAGAAUAUUCUUCUAGGUGAAACCAAUUCGCCAAAAAGUCCUCGUUAAUGUCGCUUUCAACGAUUUAGCUGCGAAUAGAUUCAGGAUAUAUAUAUUUUUUUAAUCGACUUACAUCCGACUUAAGUUUUGCUUUCUUCUGAAUCGCCCCAUCCGGUCGCUAGGAAACACAUUCCUCCCUCUCUCAGGAGAAGGGCUCCUCCUUUCUUGCUAGCGAUGGCAUCAUCACCUUUUUUUAUUUUUCUUUUCAAAAGUUGGACCAAAAUAUCAAUGUGCUUUGAUGUCUUUGCUCCUUGUGGCACACAGAAAAAAAGAGUCGUUGGCUGUUUAUGUAUCAGGGGUCUUUUUAUUUGGUCAAACAAACACAAUAAAUCAUAAGUAUCCCCCUCACCCCCACAUUGAAUUGAAAAGAGGCAAUUUGCGCACCAAACAAAUUCAGAACUUGAACUGAAUGUAUGAGCAUUUUGCUUUGAACACAAAAUUAAUAACCCAGGUUUACACAUACACAUGGCAUAUUUUUUUUAAUUAAAAAAAAGUAAUGACUCAAAUUGUGUUUUCUAUUAUUAGGAAACAGUUUUGGAUGAAGGAUUUUUGAAGCAAAUACUUUUUUCGCGACAGACUGAAGCGAGUGAACCAAUUAGACUUGAAUUGUGUAGUUAUCAAUAUAACCACUGGAGGCACUGUGGAGCCAGUUACAUGUAGCAUUAAAAGUGAACACAAAGAAAUGCAUUAAUUUUUUUCAAUUUACAAACCCAAACAAAUUGUAAAAAUAUAGCAGGGAUUUAAAAAAAAUAUUUUAUAUUUUUUCUUCACAUGCCACAUGAAAUGUUGUUAAUCUUGCGAUACUUCUUGCAAUAUUUUUGCCUUCCAGCCCUGAAAAGAAAUUAUGAAAUGUAGUUUUUCCUUUAUUUUGUAUUCAAACAUUUAAGGACAUUAAAAUAUCGACAUACUGUACAAAGAAUGUUUUUAGUGUAUUGUAUUCAAUAUUUGUGUAUUUGUUUAUUAAAAAUGACAAUACAUUUUGUUAAUGUAGGCUCUAAGUAUAAAAAAAAAAAUCCCCAAGACAUAUUUCUGACCGCAUCGAUGCACGUCUGUCCCUUUGAAAAUUGUAAUGUCACUUUUGUGCUCAAAAGGUUGCACACCCGUGAAGACCCAAACAUUGUAUUGUGAGCUCCAAAUGAGUAAAACCACGCAAAUGGGCUGCCCUCCAUUUUGGUGUGAGCGAGAUCGUGCCCAUUGAGGGAAGAAAAACAUGGAAACCAUCCUAAAUAUUUUCAAAUUAUGAAUCAAAAUCUUGACUUGCCGAAUUGAGUAUAUCCGUUCGGUUACAUGCAUACAUGUGUGUGUAUGUGAAAUGCUACGAAUGCGCUGUUGUCGUUCUUAGGCCUCUCUCUUGGCAUUCACCGCGUGCCUUAAUUGUAUGGACAUUUAAAUCAAGGUCCGCUGUGAACACGACGAGAGACGACCCACUUUUCACGUGACUGCCGACUGCAUCGGCUGGCCUACUUUUCCUGCAGCCCCCCCUCCCCACCCACCACCAACAUUGUACACUCUUUAAUUCCAGCGCAUCCCUCCUUGCAUUCACCCCCAUCACCUUCACUUUUGACCUUGUGACUACCGCGCCAAAUAUUUUCAGUGUUUGCACAAAGCACCCGCACAAGUCAAACGAAGAAUUAACGCUGAGCUGGUUUUAAUGCGGUCCAUUCUCAUUUCAGUCUCGAAAUCCCAUCCUUUCAUGUCAAUGGCAACAAGAGUCGCGAGAACCCCCCCGCGGGUGUGAAAUUAACGUCUUUCGACCCCGGAUUUGGCAUUCGAUGCGGCGCGGAGCACAAACGCUGCAGGUUUUUGUGUACAGGCGUCAGGUGAAAAGCAGCGGAAUGGCCCUUAAGGCAGCACUUUGGCCCAUUAAAACCUUCAGCCUCCAUUAUCCAGUAGCCAUAAUGCACCUUCUUAUAGAGCGCUGCAUUAAUGGCUGGGCUGCAGGGGUGGUGAUGGGAGGGAGGUGGUGUGUGUGUGUGGCGGGGGGCUGGAAACGAUGAUGCUGAUGCUGGGACUUGACAUCAUCGCCCAUGUCACCCCCCCCCCCCCCCCA